GUUGCAUUUCGGGAAGGCGAGGGAUUCGGCGGAGGACAGCGGCCAUUUUAUGCCUGGCUGAGAAGAGGGAGAAAGAGAGAGAGAGAAAGAGAGAGAGAGAGAGAGCGGUUGGCGUUGGCGCUCCGUCACGUUCGCCGUUUCUUGGGGAGUUUUCCCGUCCGAGCCGUUGCCUUCUCGUCAUGGGUCGUAAGAAGAAGAAGCAGCUAAAGCCUUGGUGCUGGUAUUGUAACAGGGAUUUUGAUGAUGAGAAAAUUCUUAUUCAACACCAAAAAGCAAAGCACUUUAAAUGCCAUAUAUGUCAUAAGAAACUGUAUACAGGACCUGGUUUAGCUAUACACUGUAUGCAGGUACACAAGGAAACAAUUGAUGCUGUUCCAAAUGCAAUACCGGGAAGAACUGAUAUUGAACUGGAAAUAUAUGGUAUGGAGGGCAUUCCUGAAAAAGACAUGGAUGAAAGGAGAAGGCUGCUUGAACAAAAAACUCAAGCAGAAAGCCAGAAAAAGAAACAACAAGAUGAUUCUGAUGAAUAUGACGAUGAUGAGUCUUCAGCUUCCACCUCAUUUCAAGCACAGCCUGUGCAGCCACAGCAGGGAUAUAUACCACCAAUGGCACAGCCAGGUUUACCUCCUGUGCCAGGGGCACCCGGAAUUCCUCCAGGUAUACCACCAUUAAUGGCAGGUGUUCCACCAAUGAUGCCUGGAAUGCCUCCAGUCAUGCCUGGAAUGCCACCCGGGAUGAUGCCAAUGGGUGGGAUGAUGCCUCCAGGACCAGGAAUCCCACCUCUCAUGCCUGGUAUGCCACCAGGUAGGUCAGGAAUGACGAAUCCAUAUUGUGGUAUGCCACCACCUGUUGGUCCUCGCCCUGGAUUGCCUCCAAUGACACAAGCCCAACAGGUGACUACUCAGGGUGUUCUUAAUAGACCUCCAGCUCCUGUCAUUGCAGUACCUACUCCCCAACCACCAGUUACCAAACCACUGUUUCCUAGUGCCGGACAAAUGGGGACACCUGUCACAAGCUCAAGUACAACUUCAUCCAAUUCAGAACUGUCAGCACCUUCUAAAGCUCUGUUUCCUAGCACAGCACAAGCUCAAGCAACUGUUCCAGGCCCAGUUGGUACAGAUUUUAAACCUUUGAAUAAUGCACCUGCAACUACUACAGAACCACCCAAACCUACAUUCCCUGCUUACACACAAUCUACAGCAUCCACCACUAAUACAACAAAUAGUACUGCAGCUAAACCUGCUACUUCUAUAACAAGUAAGCCUGCUACUCUUACAACAACCAGCGCAACCAGUAAGUUGAUCCAUCCAGAUGAGGAUAUAUCCUUGGAAGAAAGAAGAGCUCAGUUACCCAAAUAUCAGCGUAACCUCCCUCGACCAGGGCAGGCAUCUAUGGGCAAUCCACCAGUUGGACCAAUUGGAGGUAUGAUGCCACCACAGCCAGGAAUUCCCCCCCAGCAACAAGGAAUGAGACCACCAAUCCCACCUCAUGGUCAGUAUGGUGCUCACCACCAAGGCAUGCCAGGGUAUCUUCCUGGUGCAAUGCCUCCAUAUGGUCAAGGGCCCCCAAUGGUGCCUCCUUAUCAAGGUGGACCUCCUAGACCGCCAAUGGGAAUGAGACCUCCUGUAAUGUCGCAAGGUGGCCGCUACUGAUGCUACUGCAAACGUUCUAAUAGGUUUGGAGAUUAAACCUUUUCUCGUCUUGUGCUGUUAAUAUAGCCAAGCUUCCAUCAAUUAAAACUUCAUUGUGACUUUUAGGGGAAAAAAUCUUUCCACAUACAAGGAACUGUUGGACAUUAUUUUACAUGGGAAAAAUUAUUUAGAAUAAUAAAACGGAACUUUCCCUGAUGUUGCAAUUUAUACUGUAUGGCUUCUUUUUCAUGUUUCAUCUAGGUUUUUAGAAGUGAAGUAUAGUAAAUAUGGUUCGUUAAAUUGUGAAGGCGCUGGAAUUACAUGAACGUACCAUCUUUAAAGGCAAGUUCUGUAACCUUAUGUUGCUGUUCAUAAAUGAUGCCUUCACAGCACUUCAAGUGCUGUUGGACUUCAUGUCCCCAACAAUAGUUUGGUGAGGGCUUUAACUGUUGUCAUCUACUUGUACACCUAAAUCUGGAUGUGUAGCCAUAUUUAAUGUAGAGUUCCUCCUGUUCCAGGGUUUACAGAAUUGACCCACUAAAUUCAUGUGAUUUUCUGUAUUGUUUAACUUCAUUGUAAUAAAACAAAAGAAAAAAAUUGUCCUUUUAUUCAUGACCAGCUGUGGACAUCUGCCUGAAGGUUUGUACUGAUGCAUGCUACUAUAGCUUGUAUAAUAAAUACAAUACAAUUCCUGAUGCUACAUUGAUAUAUCCUGAAUUGUUUGAUCAAGUAGUCAUAGACCUGUACACUUAUUAACAAGACACAACAAAUAAAUUUGUCAAAUUUUCUUCAUGGAUUUUUAAGGGUUUGCCAUUCAGUUGAUUAAAAUUUGCUCGUCACAAGUUAUUGAUAUAUGUUGGUUUCUAUGAAGUACAUUUUAUUGUGCAAUACUUUUAUUUGACUCAGGUUUCUUAAAGUAAUAUUUUACAAAGUUUAGGUAUUAGAUAAUCAUGCAGUCAUUGUUUAUAUACUAAUAGAUUUGUCAUAAAAUCUCAUAUUUUUUAAACAAUCCUGAUGCAGAGAAAGACAUUGCUAAAAAUUGGAAAGUGAUGACUGGUCUAGUUAACAACUACAAUACAGCUGAAGUUUUCCAAUAUAUCUUUCAUGACAUGAUUUAUUAGACUUUUAGAGGCUUAGGCCUACGUGACAGGAUCAUAUUCUGCAAAGGACACUGGAAUUGCUGUGAAAUUUUAGCUGAUUCUUUAACGGGGCUGAUUCCCAUUUAUGAAACUUAACUGGAAAGUAGGAACACAAUUCUUUCCUUCAGUAGGUGGCAAUGAGUUCCUCUUGAUUGUAAGUUAAAAAGUGUAGCAUAUUUGGGAGACUGUCCAAAUACUUUAGGCCUUUCAUUUUUAAUCUUCUAGUUUUAUAUCUGAUACUAAUGUGGUGAAACCUUUCUUUGAGAGCCAGGUAUAAGAAGAUAUCCUUGGGUAUUCUUUAUUAAUUGAUAUUGUAAAUGAAAUAUUUUGUUUUUCUGCUCCAAUAGCAGUUACACAUGUUAAUACCACCAAUUAUCAAUGUCUGAAUUUUACUGCUAAUUAGUUUUUUCCACACUAUUGGUUCAUAUUUGAAAAUUCUGGGCUUUGUAGUACUCACAAAGUCUUAUUAAUUCUCUAUAUAGGUCCCUUUUUUUCUUAAUACUCAUUAAACACAGAACUAUAAUUGGCAAUCUAAAUAUGUGUGUCUCUGAUUUGAUCACUUAUUUUUUCAUAGAAGAUAUAAAAAUAGGCAACUGUGAUCACUUGGCUGUUUUUGCCCCAUUGCAGCAGCCUUUGUGUAGUUAGAUAUCUUAACCAUCUUCCAAAGAACUUAUGAAUGAGAAUAGCUGGUAUAUUUGGAACUUGCUUCAUACAGGUUCUUCUAUUAGUGUGGCAAGCAACUCUCAGUUUAAAAAUGGCUUAUUAAAUAGCUGUUACCUUUGAAGUUUGUGGAAGCAUACAGCUUCUUUUGAUUGUGCCAUUUGUUUGCUAGUUUUCAGUUCAUACGAUGGUUCAUGCGAUUUUUCCCAAGAAUCUUUUGCAAAAUUUAAUAGAAAGUUUUUUACAUGACUCGCCAAAAAGUUUUUUCUGGAAGCAUGGAUUACAUCGCAUGAGUUUUUUAGAAACAGUCGAGAAGUAUCAAUUGCUUAACUUAAAACUGUAUACUUUUAGUUAUAGCAUAUUUUGAUAAGAAUUUUAAUUGUUUCAGUGGUUGUAUUGUUCCUUUAGCACUGCAGAAAAAUUGAGUGCUGCUUGUACUGUAUACUUGGCUUGUUAAUACCUACUUUGUUUUUAGUGGGAGAGGACAUUAUGGAGCCAGUAGAUCUUUUCUUCCUCUCCUGGGGCAGAUUUAUUUGUCUACUCCUGAUUGGGAAAGGGUCACAUGGUUUCUGUCAGGAAAUAAGGUUGUGUUUCCUACUAUAAAAUUUGCAAUAGAACAACUGCAUUUUCAUCAAGGUGUUCAUUUUUAUUUUGGAGAAUUCAGAUACUCAAACUUUUUUUUUAAGCAUAUAAGGGCUUAUUUAUUUUGUUUUCUCUGUAGCCUGGGUUCAAACAGUAUAGAAUGUAACAGGUACCUUUCUUAUUUAAAAUAAAAUAAUUCACUGGCCAUAGUGAAAAAGAAAUAUGAGAACAUAAUUUUGAAUUCUGAUUUUAUUUAUAUUUAAAUAAAAAUGCAUAGUCCUGGCAUUUAUUAAUACAUAUUACAAUUGUCUUAAUAAUUGUACUGGUCUAGCUACUUACAUAAAUGGUAUACAUUUUUGAAAAGCAGAUGGAUGUUCUAACAUUUAAAAACUUGUACUGAAUUAGUAUAGAAUAUUCCAUUGCUUACAACACCUGCUGUGUUACACAGCAAUUGUCAAUUUUUAAGGCGAGCUCAAUUGGAAAUUUUUCCCUAUAGAAGUCAACUCUGAUUUAUAAAUUCCAUGUCACAUAUGGACCUAAAAUUUUGAGACCAAACUUUUAUUUGAUCACUGGAAUUCUGUUACUAUUGAUUGCAUGUACUUUUAGCCUUAAUUGGAUCAUGUUUUUCUAAAAUUUUAAAUUUUCUUCUUCCUAUAGCCCUGCCAUAGGACAGGCUGAGGCAGAGUCUCAGUGUUGCCCUGUUCAGUCUGAGGCAAGUGGGAUUUAUUUUAUUCAUUCUAGGGGCUUUCACAGCUUUAUAGCUGUUGGAUAUUUAUGUCCCCAAACUUGCAGCAAGUUUGGUGAAGGCUCCUAUGUUUAAUUUAAUAUAGGAUUUUUAUAAUAUUUUGAUGGGCUCUAUAUUAAUAUUGAUAUAGUAACACUGGUGCUUUCAAUUUACUAUUAGCAAGAAGUCCUAACGUGGGGUAAACAUUUGCUGAAAUAUUAAUCUCCUUGAUAUCCCCUCUGAAAUUUUGGUCAGUGGAACCAUUUUUUAAACAACAACUCAUUUUUAAAAUAUUGUGAUAAAUUAAUGAGAUUCAAGAGUUCUGUUACCUGUGUUUAGUAUUUUAAGAAAUUGCCUGUGUUACAAUUUAUGCUUUCUUCAUUGAUACCUAUUUCUGAGAUUUGGAGUAAAUGUUUGCUUAAGCUAAAUUUAAAUUAUUUUAAAUUAUUUAUCAUAAAUAUUAAUGUAGAGCCUGAAGAGUGAAGAAAAAUGUAGAUAUGAGUUUUGUAAGAUGGAAAAACGGGGUAAAUAUUUACAAGGAAACCAUUUCUUUAUCGCCCUUUCUUCUCAAGAUAAACAAUUUGCAAAAUCUAUAUGCUCUGAAAAAUAUAUUUGAGCAUUUUCAGUGUUAUUUGAAUGCUUCAAUAGAAAUCGUCUUACUGACUUCUUGUAAAACAUGCACAAGAUGUAGUUUGUUUUAAAGUAACAAGGUAAUUUUUGAGGAAUGCUUAUAAGAGCAACAGCUCUUGAAACAAAUACAGCUUCAAAAGUUAGACUAUCUACAGAAAAAUCCAGAUUUUCCUGGCAGUCUCUUCACUUGCCCUUGCAGAGCCUCAAACUGCUUCUUAAAAUUGAAUUUUAAAAAAAGCUUGGGGAUCUGACACGAAAGCUCUUCUAAAGGGAAAAUCUGAGAAAAGUAUUGUGCUCGUUGGUCAUGGUUUUCCCUGAUGUGGUCUUCUUCAGAGUCCUCAAACUGCUUUUCCAGCUUCCAGUUUUUCUGGUAUCUAAUAACUACAGACAUAAUGUGCUUACCUUGAUGAGGUUUUAAAUGUUUAAAGCUAUUGAUGUUGUUAUGUUUAAUAGCAUGGUUGGAUCCCUGUUAUUUUUCUCACAGGUAUCCAGAACCAUCUGUGAGUUAUUCUAAAAUUUUGGACAGAUUAAUUUUGGGAAUUUUCCAUAUGAUUUUGUCAACUUAGUACGAAUUGCAUUCAAAUUAUUAUUCAGUGUUUAACACACAAACCAUAAGAGUUUAGAAAGUCAGUAUGUUAAUAAUGUUCUUUUUGUCUUUAUAUCAUAACAAAAAUAUAUAAGAAUGCCUCUUGAUCUAAAUGCCUCAGCUUAGAAUGUCAUUACUUGGUAAAUAGGGAACGCAAAAACGUGUCAUUAACACUGAAUGUCUUUAUCCACAUUAGGUCUGUUUUAUUACACACCACUGAUUUUUUCUAGUCUAAGCGUUAGUUUUCAACUAGUGUACAUAGUUAUAAUAGUAUGGAUAAAUGCUUCUUGUUGGACAACUUUGACCAUUUUAAUCACAAUAUAACCAGGAAUUAACGCCUUGAAAUUUUUUGACUCAUUCGUUCUGAUCAUUGAAAAUAAAUGUUCUACCAAUUCUGUGACAAAUAUCACCACAGAAUUUCAAAGUAUUACCCAAACUCUUCUGAAAAAGCAGUUUGGGGUUUGUGUCGACAAUUCAAAGAGAAGGUACCACCAAUUCCCACAUUGUACAUCUCCUUUCUCAAUUUCCCUGUAAGAGUUCUAGUUUUGAGAUGUUUCUUUUCAAAGUUUAAGCAGUGGUUUCAGAGUUCUAGGAGGACAACUGUUGUGAAAAUAUAUUGAUAAGUAUGCAUGUAUUGAUACAUGCAUGGUUAGAAUGCUGUUUUAAUCCAACCUAAUCUGGUGUCACAAAUAAUGCUGUUGUAUUGAUGGUGCUUGUGUUUAUGUGAAACUGUAGAAAUUGAUUGUAUGUUAGGAAACAGCUUUGCUUGGGUUGGACUGUUGCUGCCGGAAUGCAAUGUUCACCUUGUCUAAAUCUAAAAAGAUACUUCAAAUAAUUUAUAAUUAGACCAAUAGCCUAAGUAUAUUAUAGGUUAAUUUUACUAACAACCCUAUUUGGCAAGCAACAGUUUGAGUAAUUAAUAUAGUUCUUUGAUUUUGGCCAUUUUCAUUAUUUUAACCUAGGUUUUAACAGAAACACAUAAUUGGCAUUAAAAUUGCAUGUCCAGACAUCAUUUGAUUGAUUUGCAUUAUGAUAAUCAUUUCCCAAAUGAAAAAUAUUUUAUAUAAUUAAAAUGCUAUAUCUACAAAUUAUCCAUAAAUGUGAUACACAAUUUAUAAGAAACUAUAAAGUUGCUUCUAAAAUAUUUACUGCACUGAAGAGCAUUAAAAGAUAUCAGACAUCUUGCUGUCUGAAAUAGAUUAAUGGUGUUUCAGCUACAAAAAUAUCCAAGCAAUUAUAAACGGAAUAAAAGAAUUGAGUAUUACUGAAAUAGAAAAACCAUGUAUUCUACUUCAUAUUUUUUACAAGUUUGGUAUUACAUUUCAGCUGAGACCUUAAGAUUUCAAUUUACUGUGCUCUGUUGUGAAGUUAAAGUCAAUUUGUAGGCUUGCUUUUGUGUUUGUGAGUUUUUCAUUAAUUAUCCAAAGAAAAUCAGUUACAAGAUGCUAUAAUUGAAAUUUGUGUUCAAAACACAUUGUCAGUUAAUUUUUAUUUUAUUUUUAAAUGGAAGUCACUGCACUACUGUCACACCUGAGGAUAAUACAUACUUAUGUCAGAAAUGUGUUGAUAUACAGUGUAGUCAUGCAGAUAAUUUCCUUUCAUUAUCAGUAAAGUCACUAAUAUAUCUCUGCUAACAGUUCUUGAACAUUGGCAUAUCUUGCCAAAUGUUCCUUUCAAAAUUUUGUACUUGGCAUAAUAUGGGCUAAAUGUUUGGAGUGAAAAUAAAUUAUCUUGAAUCUUAAAAAGGGGCAUGUUUUUAGGUCAAAUUCAACCAGUGAUUCUAUUUUUAUUCUGCACAAACCAUUCUUGAGGGUUUAAUUGUUCCAUGUAUGUGUUAGAAGUGAUGGAAGAACAGAGUUUUCACUGAAGCUCUUAAAAAGAUUUCCACAUCAUAGCACAACAACCAUUUAACAGUCAAGUGUUUAACUGGCUAAUAAAUCAUGAGGAUUUUUUUUCUUCAAAUAAGUAUAAAACCUGGGGUUUGAUUUUUACAAUUUAAACUUAAAUCAUGAUUUAAGCUCCUUUUUGUUUAAUAUAAUUUGUGUUUUUGUUGACUAGCAGCAGAAUUUCAGCAUUUGCUUCUUACUGGUAGAGAAGAAAAAAUCCCAGCACUGCCAGUACAGGUUAGUUUAAUCUGUAAGUACCGUGAUGUUUGUUUGAAAUCCUGUACUACAAAUAAUAUGUUAGUACAUGAGGAUGAAGUCACUAGUAACAUUAGGAGGGAAAUAUCUUCCUGCAUCUAAAACUAAGACACAUAAGCUCCCAUUACAAAAGGGAGUGAAGGAUUGCAAUAUAUAGGCAAAUUGGGUUAGUGUAUGGAUUUAUUUUAGUCAGACUAAAGUGAUAUACUUCUUUGAAGUUGGAAACCAUUUGAGGAGUUGGUUGAAAAAUAAUCUUGUCAUUUAUGGGGAAACACAAGAUAUUUUUGCCAUAAACAGAAAAGCAUAAAUGAAAUAUUUGAUUCUUUCUCCUUAAAUACGCCUACCAGCGUUAUUGAUGAGAAGCACAUCUUUGCUAUGAUGGGCUUUUAGUUAUUAUUCACUAUAUUCUGAAGUCUAGGCCCCUAAUUGACAACUCUACAGAAUAUAAGCUGUUCUCACUCAAGUAGUUUCAUCUCUCUUACAGCUGCUUCUGGGUAUCUAGUAUUCUUUCAAGUAAAUGUUUUUGUAGCACUGCUGUACUACUUAAAUUGGUGGUUUGUGUGAAGCUGUAGUUGCACCUCAUUGGAAUUGCAUGUUUCCAUAUCUUUAAUUUUCUGCUUUGUCUAGCCAACAUUAUCAUCUCAGCUACUUAUAAACAUUUACUGUAAAUGUAGCAGCUCAAGUUAUCUAAAUGUUUUAAGUAAGGAUUAUCUACAACAGACUAUAACAUGACUACACAAAUAUGUUUUUUUUCCUAAGCAUUCCAUGUAUAUGACACUGUUGCUUCUUUGCAUUUUCAGUCUUCUCAAUGCCAUCUGUGGCGUGUUUAUGAAACAAUGGCUGUUCCAUAGUGAUGGAAUUUCUUUUUGCCAAAAUUUCCACCUAGAAGCAAAGGGUUUAAUAGAUUUUUCUUAAAACUCGCAUUGUAAGGUUAAAUAAAAUAUACCAGAGUUGAUAUAAUUUAGUUCACUUGAAUUCGAUUCUUACUAAUUGAUUAUUCCACAUCAGUAAUAUUUGCUUUAGGGUUGAAUUAGAAUGCAGCUGAAAGUAACCAUUUUCUGUUACCAACGUGGGAGGUUUUUAUGUUGUGCUGGGUUAUGGGACUAAAAAUUACCCCAAUUUUCAAAACUAACUAAUAGCUUAGGAUGUAGAACUAUUUCAAGUAUUUAUUCCAUAUUAAUAGAUACAUCAGAAAAAUAAUUUCAUUAUGAACAAACUAAUUUAUGAAUAAAGGCUGUCUACAGAAAUACACCCUAUUUAUCAUCUUAGCAUAGAUGUGAAGGCAGUACAAUUUUUGAGGAUAUAGUCACUGUACUGAUGUGAUUACCAUUAUAAGCAAGCUACACUUGAGCACUGUAUUUACUGAUGUCCAGAAUUCUAAAUUCCAUAAGAUAAAGAAUAUACAUAAAAUAGAGGGAAAUUUUGUUUUAAACCUAGAAGAAAUUAUGUUCCAGGGGAGUUCUGCUGAACUGUUUCGGAUCUGCUGUUUCAUAAGGAUCAAAAGCUCCAGUCUUCCCAGCACCUUCUGCCUUUGCUUUUGUUAACCAUUGCUGUUGCCGGUGUCCCAGCACAAAAUAUCCCACUGGCUGGUCUGCCCUUGUUGCCCCUGCCUCCUGGUCUACCUAAUUCAGCUACUGAUAUCCUUAGCUUUUUCCUCUACCUCCCAUAAUUCAUUUCUGCUCAGUUCAGAACAGCUCCAUUUUGUUCCAGGCAUUGAACAUUCAAAUAUAUAUUUUUUUCAUUUAAUCACAAAUCUGAAAUCAACUACAGUAUUCCAUGCAUGAAAGAUGUUGCAUAUCCCUGCCUAAGAUUUAACUACUUUUACGCUGAUUGGGGAGGAGGGCGGGGGGGGGAUACAGAAAAACUAUCAUUGAUAUUGCCUUUUCAAUAUCCUGGGAUAUUAUUAAAUAACUAUCUUUCUGAGGAAAUAAGAAUUCUUUCCUUAUCUGCACCCUUUAACUAAGAAAAGUUACACUUUAAUUAGUGUGUGAAUUCAUGUGCUCUUCUGGUGGUGCAGUUGUCACCAGAAUCUCAUUAUAUGGGUACCUAUAUUGAGUCCAGAGUGUAAAUGCUUAGAAGUUUGCAAAAAUUUUGAUUGUUAAAGGAACACCUAGUGGCAGAGGCAAGUGCAUUGUGUAGUUUCAUAGUUGAACAUUCAUGUAAUAAUUCACACAUUAAUUCUGCUAUUAAUAAUGCUAUUAAAAUUGCAUUAGCACCUGUUUUUUAAUUUGCAGUUAUAAUACAUCUCAAGCUAUGGUAGUACAAAAUAAACCAUAUGUUAGUACUGACUUAGAGUCAUACUAUUUCAUAUCUGUUAAUUCUAAUUUUACUUGGAUUUACAUAACAAGCCUCCGGAUUUUGAAACAAUGCACACAAUACAUAGGCCGUUUAUUUGCAUUAAUAUAAAUAAUACUGUGUUGUGUGAAACAGCAGACUUUUGUCCUUUUUAUUAUUGGACUUCGGCUUUGCAGUGAGAUUGAUGAUCCAUCGAAGUAUAUUAUUAGUUUGAAUAUUGUAACAGAUCCUCUGAUCUUGUUUUGAUCAAAUAAAUGCAACUUAUAUAGUCCUGCAGACACCAGCAAUUCCAGAAAUCAAGAGAAUCAUUUCAGGUCUGGGAAACCGGUAAGUAUUUUUUUAAAAUGCUAUUUAUCAAUCCUAUAGCAUUUUGUUGAUCAGUGAUGUAAAGAUGGAGAUGAAGAAGUAGAAAAGUAGUUUAUGUAUGCUCCAGUGUUGAUGAUUCUUAUUGGCAGCAUUUUCAAAUGUACACUUUGACAACUUUAUACCUUUUUUUCAUUCAUUAAACUUGAAUCAAUUCCUUGA